AUGUCAUUUUGUCAACUUCCCAUGAAAAUGAAGUUUCGAUUGGAACAAUUCAGGGACUUUACACGAUUUUAUGCAUUUAUGGAAAUCAAGAUCAGAAUACGCAGUCGAACUGUAUGUAACGCAAUCUGCCUUCGUUCUCAACUCGCUGUUGUGAUCACAAAUGGUCACAAUUUAUAUUACGAGUAUCUUCAAUUCCAAAAGACGAAGACACAAACGAAACAUUUGAGAAUGAAAAAGUGCUUUACACUUAUUUGGGAAAGGCGUGUUAUUGAUCUUCGGACUUAA